GCUUUUUUAAAAAGGGAGCAGGCAGAGAGUCGAAACCAAAGUCUUAUAAAUAGAGAAAGUGAUCAUUCAUCUUCCCUCGAGAGAAGAUCCCAAAACAAAAGUCUUUUCUCUCAGUCUCUCUUAAUAUUCCUUCACCGGAGAAAGAAACCGAAACAGGAUCAUGGCGUCUCAAACGCAAGACGAAGAAGAAGUCCACCACCGCAAGAAAGAAGACGCACUCGACGAAGAACCGGAGCUUAUUGACCUGAACAUAGAAGCCAAACACGAAGACGAUGACAACAUCGUGGCCUCAGAGUCGUCAGAGACAAGGGAAGCAAAGAGGCAGAAAGUGGAACAAGAAGUCAAAGACGCUAAUCAAGAAGACGAUGCCAAGAAGAUCGCGGCCUCUGAGUCAGCAGCGACAAGCCAACAAGAAGUCAAAGAUGCUAUUACGAUGAUGGUGCCUUCAACGACAACACCAAGAAGCUUAACUCAAGAAGAAGCAAAGGCAAAGGAAGAUGAUGCUCGCGCCUCACGCAUGCUUGCGUCUACGAGCAAAGACUUAGUCCGACCCGGGCUGGAAAUAAACGAUUACGACGUCGACGACUCAGAACAAACCUUGAUGUUUCUCACCCGAUGGAAAGCUCCGGAGACUCCACCUGAAAAGAUCAUCCACCGCAGCUUGGUCGAGCAAUGCAGCAGACCGAUCCAAAAGCAACUAACAACGAGCGACGUGACACAGAACAGGCUCUCUUUAUCGAACUCGCAAGUGAGGAAGAAGUUUCAGCAGCUUCUUGGCGACGAGUCAGGGAGAAAGGAGAGUGGGUUCACGGUUUACGGACCAGACGGGAAGGUUCAUGAGAUUUGGGUACGUAAGAAGAAGAGGUCGUUUGAUUUGACGAUAGGGUGGUGGACGUUCGUGGAACAGUAUGGGCUCAAGGAGUGUUGCGACUUUGUCACGGUUUGGAUGUUCAUGCACAGUGUCACUCGACGGAUUUGCUUAGCUGUGGAUGUCACAAGGUUUGCGUUCAGGAAACAGGUUAGUAAGAGGAUCUCUCAGGCUGCUUUUGAUGAUUCUGCUUAGAGAGGUUUUCUUUGUGACGUUAAGAGAAAUGUAGAAAGGGAUUUGGGUUUAUAGAUAGACUAUCAAGGAGAUUAAGGGGGUAUUAGAGAUUUGAUUUGGGAGUUUCGUGAGAUAUGGAACUGGAGAUAGAAAUUUCAAGGUUUUGAUUUGUGUCAUUCUCAGUUUCAUAGUCGAAAUGUAAAUAAUUUGACAGAAACGUCAUUGCAUUAUAAAAAAACAAUUGGUUCUUACUUGAGUUCGUGAUAACUGAUAACCUAGAAGUGAUCAUUUUGCUUGAAAGACAAGCUAUCAUGGUUCAUCAGUUUUACAGACUAAUAUGAGUAUUUUCGUGUAUAUACCUUUUACUGCACUCUGAGAAAAACGAUUUUUAGAUCACUCACCAAUAUAAUUCAGAGAAUUUACAAACACACAAGCCAAAGUUCUCAAGGAGGUUAAUGAUGUUAUAUUCCCUAAAGCUUUUUCUUUUGAACGACAUUCCCUAAAGCUUUAUACUAUAGUAUUGACAGAGCCGUGCUUCAAGUGUAUCCAAAAAGGCUUUCGCCUAGGGCCCCCAAAAUAUAUAGUUUUUUUAGGGCCCCAAAUUUCCAAAAAUUAUUAGUAGUAUAUUGGUUUAAGUUUGUCAUUUAUUAUUCAAUACAAGUUCAAUUAUCUACAUUGCAUUUUAAAAAAAUGAGUAUUUUAUUUUAUUGUCAAUUUUCCAAAUUGAAAAAAUGAAUAUAUGUUUUAUAUGUCAAACUCCUAAAUAAAAAGGAAAAAGUGCAGCUUUAUAUACCAAUCUUGACGAUUCCAGUUUCUGUCGCCACUGCUGAAAGAAGCUUUUCCAAGUUAAAGCUAAUAAAGUCUUAUCUUCGAUCAACCAUGUCACAAGAAAGAUUAAAUGGUCUAGCAAUUAUAUCGAUCGAGAGAGAAUUAGUUAGGAAUCUAGAUUAUGAUAAUUUGAUUAAAGAGUUUAUUGAAAAAGAGGGAAGAAAAAUUUUGUCUUAGUUUUUUAAAGUUAUUGUCUUAAUAUUUUUUUUUCAAAUAUAUAUUGUACUAUGAUAAAAAAAAAUUUAUAAAGGGACCCCAUUUUUAUAUUCGCCUCAGGCCCCAUUAAACCUUCGCACCGCUCUGAGUAUUGACACACUACAAAAGAUGAUUCCGUUACAAUAAAGGCUACAGCAAAACAGAUUUGCACCAGAUUAAAGCUUACUUGAUCUUGGAUCGAUCCUCUGCGUAGCCUAUAUAUUAUCUGAGAAGCAUUACAACUUCUUUUUGUAGCCCAAGUGUCAUCACUAGGAUGAUUC